AUGUCUGAAUCGCAGCAGUUGACGACUUGGAAACGGACCCCCAAGAAUCAGCUCGAUGCCAUAUUCUGUCCAAGACCAGAGACCUUGACGACCCUGUCGCUUCCAAACGAAGACAUUAUAGACCCAUUGUAUGCUAUCACCGCACUUGUCAACAACAUGCCGCUAUCUGGAAAUGUAAACUCAAACAACGCCUGUGCUGUGUUUGGAUCAUUGUCACUGGAUACCUUGUCACAAAUUCUAAAGAAUCUACCAACCCCAGUUUUCGAUGCUCUUAGAGAGCGAUUGUUUGUUGCCGCUGUCAAGGCUGGAAAGGUGGGCCUUGUGUCGGCCAUGCUGGAACUGAACGUGGAUCCAUCUGAAGAAACCAUGAUGGACCAAGAGUCCACACCAAAAGCAAUCUGUUCUCUCGAGUAUGCAGUGGCUGCAGGAGAUUUACCUGUUGCUAAGACAAUCCUGACACACAUGUGUAAAGAUGCGGCUGGAUCAUGCCCGGAUGAGCUGUUGAAGCAUGUCUUGACUGAGAAGUAUAUAUGGAAGGACACGGAGGGAUCUCACUAUAUGUCAAAUCCAGGAAGGAGAGAACUGAUAUGUAUCACGCUUGAGGCCGGAGCUCGUCCUACAGAGAAGUGUUUGCGCUGGGUCGACAGCUUACAAUCUUCCCAGCAACUCCACGAGGCCACUAUGACAUCAAAUCUUACGCCAUCGAUUCAGGCAGGGUGGCUGGUACAUUGUGCCAGCAGUUCCUGGCCAGAUUCAGUCAUAGCAGUGCGAUAUAUUUUCGACAAUCUUAGAAAAGACUUUCCACCUGGAGAUCUGAGCCUCAGAUCAGCACUAUUGAGCGCCUUGAAAACAGGUGCGAGGAAAAACACAUCCGUCGUCCCAGUGAUUUUGGAAGCAUUGUAUUCUCUAGGAUAUGCUUCCAACACCGACUUAGUUUUCCAUGAAAACUUAGGCUAUCAAGCGAAUGCGGUCAGAGAAUGUUGCGAAAAAGAAGACUGGCAUUUGGCCGCAACCUUCGUGGUCUUUGGAGACCCGAAAAUGAAUAGUACAUACAGUGAAGAGGGAGAAUUGGAGGCCAAUCCUUUGGGAGAAGCCGGGCGGGUCAGCGAGGGCGCCAUCAGGGAGGCCAUUACGGAGGGAAAUCCGAAAAAAGCCUGGACAUAUCUGAAACAAUUUCCCCAUGAAGACCCGUGGGAAAAAUACGCAUCAACCCUCAUUGAGCUCGACACCAGUGAUGGCGUACCUCGGAUAUCCAUAGAAAUCAUUCAGGAGAUGAAGGCUCGCGGAUAUGAUAUGAAGUGGCAGGUAUUGACCCUCCUAGAGAGUGGUCACAUUGCAGCAGUCGGCGCACUUCUACAGGAAGAACCUCAGUGGCAUCUAGCUUUGGGGAAUGACAAAUCAAGCCGAGACUUUGGCACCUUGGGAUUCUUCAUUUUUCAAAGCAUGGAUCUUCCGUAUGUUGAUUGCGUUCCCCUUGAGGGCGGCAGGCAACAACUUUGUUUCCGGGUCCUCGCUUUUUACGCCAUGACGAUGAACGAUUUUGAUCUUUGUCAAUGGCUAUUCCAACUUGGUAUGGACUCCGGUGAGCUCUCCUAUGAGGAUUCAUUUGAAAAAAAACUUCGGAAAGUUCCAGUCUGGUGCGAUAGCUUCAGAAAAGAUGGAACGCCUCUCUGGACUUUUAAGAUCUUCCCAUCUCUACUAGCUGUCGCAGCUGAAAGAAACCUCCGAGAGUGGGUUCGCUUUCUUCUCACUAAGGGCAGCACAACUGCAGAUUCUAUGGCACUAUUGCGGGCAGUGAAAUUCAAAGCAGAGAUCGAUACAAUUCGCCUCCUGUUAGAUGCUCCACAAAGCCAAGGCUUCUCAACACAACAUAACUAUGGUUCUGCAGCACUCCGGCAAGCUAUGCAGCACCGUGAUCCCACGAUGAUAGGAAUUCUCUGUGGAAGUGUGAAGACCGACUCAAUCGAAUUGUCGACACAGGAACACUUGGCGGAUAAAAGUGAGGAACCCAUUAGCCCCUUGGGACAGGCUAUUAAAGUGCAGGAUUAUCAACUGGUGGAGAUGCUGCUACAACAUGGUGCGAGUCCGAACGCUUGUAUCUCGACAAGCGGAUUACAGUCGCCAGUGCAAAACGAUAGUUGGGUCCUCGGACGAGUAACUCCACUCCUGGCCGCUAUCGACAUAAAAAACCUCACGAUAGCCAGGCUACUCGUGGAAGCGGGUGCUGAGAUAUCCUACAAGCGUUCAAUGGGUAUUUUCCGGACGCCUCUGCAAAGGGCCGCAGAAGUUGGUAGUAUGGAAAUCGUGCAAUAUCUGAUCAGUCAGGGUGUAGAAAUUAAUGCAACUCCUGCGCACUCCAGUGGCACUGCAUUGCAACUAGCCGCCAUGAACGGGUACUGUGGGAUUGUCAGAUACCUGCUCGACCUAAAAGUCGACCCAAAUUACCCGCCAUCUCGGGGCGAUGGACGCACUGCAUUCGAAGCAGCAGCAGAAUGGGCUCGUUAUGAUGUCCUAUCGCUCCUGAUGCAGCGGGGCGUCCAACUUGAACUCACAGUCGGAGAACCUCCUGAAAGUCAAUACGAGCGCGCUAAGCGAUUUGCUGAAAUGAACGGCCACAUGGCUACAAAGCGACACGUUGAGCUUCUUUGGCAGCAGUAUCAAAGUCGCCAGGAUAACCAGACACCCGAUCAGCAACUCAGCCUCACGACCACGUCGUCUCAAAUGGACCUUUCCACGUUUCCAUAG